AUGAAGAUAGGUCAAAAAUUACAGGAAGCAGGCUCUAGGGACAAUACCUUUUCAUUUGAGUUUUUUGUCCCAAAGACUGAGCAGGGUAUCCAGAAUUUAUAUGACCGUAUGGAUCGAAUGUAUCAGGCCAAACCGGAAUUUAUUGAUAUCACAUGGAAUGCAGGUGGGCGGCUAUCAAAGCAGACUACGGAAUUGGUAUCCACUUCACAAAGUGCACUAGGUUUGGAAACUUGUAUGCAUUUAACUUGUACGAAUAUGCCCUGUGCGCUCAUUGAUGAAGCUUUAGAUAAGGCGUUUGAAUGCGGGUGUGAAAAUAUUUUGGCGUUAAGGGGUGACCCGCCGUUUCAAGGUGGGAAAUGGCAAGCAUGCGAAGGCGGCUUCAGGUAUGCAAAGGAUCUCGUUCAGCAUAUUCGGAAAAGGUACGGGAACCAUUUUUGUAUCGGCGUUGCUGCGUACCCAGAAGGCGAUGAUGAAACUCCGGACGCGAGAGCACUUAUUCCUUAUUUGAAGGAAAAGGUAGAUGCUGGAGCGGACUUCAUUAUUACGCAAAUGUUCUAUGAUGCAGAUAAUUUCCUUGAAUGGUGUAGGCUAGUGAGGGGUGCGGGGAUCAAUAUUCCCAUUAUACCAGGUAUCAUGCCCAUUACUUCGUAUACGGCCUUUAUGCGUAGAGCAAAUUGGUGCAGAGUCAACAUCCCUCGAGAAUUUCUUGAGAGGCUCGAGCCUGUAAAGGAGAAUGACCAGGCUGUGCGUGAAAUUGGUACUGAAUUGGUCGUUAAUAUGUGUCGGAAGCUUCUCGACUCCAAAUACGUAACCCAUCUGCAUAUUUACACGAUGAAUUUGGAGGAAGCACCAUUGAAAAUCCUUGAGCGGCUGGGAUUGCUGCAGGUCGACGAUUCGCCGGGCAGCACUAGUCGGCAAAGGUCUCUAUCCGUGGAGUCUAUGCCUUGGAGAAGAUCUUUGAACCCGCAGAGACGUAAGGAGUCUAUUAGGCCAAUUUUCUGGCAGAGGAGGCCUUAUACUUAUGUUGCACGGACUUCUCAAUGGUCUGUAGAUGAGUUCCCAAACGGAAGAUUUGGUGAUUCCUCAUCCCCUGCAUACGGUGCACUUGACUUGUGUGAUCGGCCUGUUCUCAGACAUAGCUAUGAAAAGUCACUCAAGUUAUGGUCUCGACCCGAGACUAUCUAUGAUAUUGCCAACCUUAUAAUAAAUUAUUUGAAAGGGAAUAUCGAUUGCCUCCCAUGGUCAGAUGUCCCACUAAAUCACGAAGUGGAUUCUAUCCUGGACUCUUUGAUUCGUCACAAUGAAAACCUUAUUUUCACUAUAAAUUCGCAACCCAAGGCCAAUGGUGUUCCAUCUAAUGAUCCUGUUUUUGGCUGGGGACCACCAGAUGGCUAUGUGUUCCAAAAGCAGUACUUGGAGUUUUUACUUCCCAGACAUAAGUUGGACACCCUCAUUAAUUUAAUCAACACAAAUUACUCAAUCCUCACAUUCUUCUCCAUCGACAAUGAAGAUAACUUGAAUACUAACCACCCAGACGAUACGAAGGCCAUUGCCGUCACAUGGGGAGUUUUCCCUGGAAGAGAGGUCCUUCAGCCUACCAUAGUAGAGAAGGUGUCCUUUAUUGCGUGGAAGGAGGAAUUUUACCGCAUCCUGGACGACUGGCGGUUGCGUUUCAGUGCUAAUGGAGAUUCAAAAUCUGCAGAACUCUUGCAAACGAUAAUUAAUGACUAUGCAUUAGUUACAAUUGUUGACAAUAAUUUCAUCAGUAAUGAUGAUAUGAUAGGUAAAUUACUAUCCUGUUUGUACUGA